GGUUGUCAGAUGACUAGAGAUGAACAUAUGAGGGAAGAUCAUCUGGAUGUGAAUAGUAGUUUGAGAAGAAACCGAAAUGGAAGAAGAAACAGAGGAAGAGGUGAAUGAAGAUACCGAGGACGCGUAUGGGGAUGAUAUUGAUGUCGAGAUUUGUGAGGGCGAGGAUACAGAGGAAAUUGACUUUGAGGCUUGCGAUGAGAACGAGAUAGAGGUGGAUGAGAGGAGUGCAUCCAUGGACGAGAUUUGCCACACACAACUGCGAGGGUAUCAGCAGAUGCAACACUAGAAUUUACUGGAUCAUCAGCUGCAGCAGAGACACUUAAUGGAAGACCAGGUUCUCAAUGAGUUUCAUCAGCAGAAUUUCUUGUAUCCAGAGUCGUUGAAUCAGCAUAUACAAAUUGGUGGUGCACAAACAGGUAGGAGAGAGAGAUUUUUUGAUAUUAAAUGGGAUAGGUCUCUCUAUUUUGAAAAAUUCCUUACGACUGGUCGUGAAAUUUCAAUUCAGGUAGUGGAGCCUUCAGAGGAUGAAAAUGCUAUUGAUUAUUUAAAAAAAGCGUUUACCGCUAUUUUUAAAUACUUGAUGGAUUUUAUCGAUAGUUCUGAUCAUUAUGUUAGUAUAAAAAUUAACUAGGACUUUUUUACUAAAGGAGCUGGUGGUUUGUCCUUUCGCCCAGCAUGUGAUUUAAGUUUCGAUGUACUUUGGGAUCUUAUUUUUAAAAUUAUUCAAAGUAAUGAAGAGAUCAAACUAGAUAAUUCCUUUGUUAUUACUUUAAAUACAGUGAAAGGUAUACGUGGUGGGGGUCGAAAGGCACUGACACACGAGGAUAUUAAAAAAAAGGUCAAUUUUGAAAAUCCAAAAUAGUGAUAAUCUAUGUCUUCCGCGUUCUAUUGUGACUGCAUGUAUAUACAAAGAGCGGGGUACAAUUCGCAGCGGGUUGUUACAUACACAAUGGGAAAGAGUCAGGUUAUCGAAGGGAAAAUUACAGCGUGAACUAGCUACUGAGCUAGUUCGUAAGGUGAGUGUGACGAUCCCUGAAUCCGGUUGCGGAAUAUAUGAGCUGAAGAUUAUUCAAAAUUACCUCCUCCGUGAAAGAAUCACGUUAGUUAUUUUUGAUUUUAAUAAUUUUGGCAUGGGUAAGACUCCAUCACUACAUGACGGAACCACGUUGAUUACAGAUAUAGGGCGAACGGUACGAUAUAGUGUUAAUAUAAUGUUCUAUCCGAAUAAGAAUCACUUUGAGCCAAUUUUAUGUUUAAAAGCAGCCGCUGGUAACCGAGAGUUUUGCAUUCCAUGCAAUACGAGUUAUGCCAACCCAGCCACUUAUCGAUGUACAAGUAAAUGUAGCUCAUGUUUGUCAAUACCCCCUUGCAAAUCUGUGGAAGAAAUAAUAAAGGGUAAUAUACAUGAAAUUAAAUGCAAUUCAUGUAAUCGCUUUUUCCUUAAUAGUAGCUGUCUACACAAGCAUAGUGUCAAAAGUUCCUAUUCCGGUGGAACAAGCGUGUGUGCUGUUUUACAGAUUUGUAAAACAUGUUUGAGGGUGGCAAAUUUUUAUAAAACUAAAGACCAUCAAUGCGGAACAUUUUACUGUAAAAAUUGUAAAUGCAUACGUGAAUAUAACCACGAAUGUUACAUGGCCCCAGUAAAGGAGCGUCUCUCUAAUUCCUCGAAGCGAAUCAGAUUUGUAUUUUAUGAUUUAGAAACACGUCAAACGAAAACGCUUCCUGGGGAUAAUUCGGUAAACAUACAUGAGCCAAAUCUCAGUGUAGUUCAGAAAGUCUGCUCUGUCUGUUUACUGAAUGAAAAUAUGAAUGAUUCUUGUAAAUAUUGUGGUGUCAGACGAUUAGUAUUCAGAGGGGAUGAACUUAUACAGAAUUUAAUAAAUCAUGUAACACGCGAGGGGAAACAGUUUAGUCAGACAAUUUGCAUUGCACACAAUGCAAAAGGGUUUGACCUACAAUUUAUUCUUAGAAACCUAGCAGAGGUUAAAGGUACCAGAAUACGUCCAAAAGUAAUAUUGAAUGGUACUAAAAUCAUGCUCAUGCAGGUCGGGGAAUGUAAAUUCGUAGAUAGCUUGAAUUACAUGCCUAUGCCUUUGAGUGCUCUCCCCAAAGCAUUUGGUCUCACUGGUGAGCAUUCAAAGAAAGGUGCAUUCCCACAUUUUUUUAAUAGACCAGAGAAUGAUUUGUAUGUAGGCCAUUUGCCACCAUUUGAGGAUUACUCUCCAGAUACCAUGAGUAUCGAGGCUCGUAAAGAAUUUUACGAGUGGUACGAUGUAUGUAAAAACGACUAUGUUUUUGAUUUUAAAAAAGAAAUGCUAGAGUAUUGUGUGAGCGAUGUGACAAUACUUCGUCGCGCCUGUCUCGCAUAUAGAACAAUUUUUUUAAAUGUGGUAAUGUGUGUCCUUUUACUGAAUGCACUACCAUCGCUUCUGCUUGCUCAUGAAUCUACCGCAAGAAUUUCCUUCUCCCUAAAAUCAUAGGUAUUAUACCGAAUGGUGGAUACAGUCGAGCAAAUAGACAGUCUGUAAAAGCCAUUGAAUGGCUAUUAUGGGUAGAACGAGAAAUUGGGGUGGAAAUCCAACACGCGGCAAGAUCUCGUGAAUUCCGUCUACCAGAGGGAGCGCUAGUUGACGGUUACUAUAUAGAUGGUGAUGAAAAGCGCCAUGUUUUACAGUUUCAUGGCUGCUUUUGGCAUGGGUGUGUAUAUUGUUACAAGUUAAAUCGCGAUGAGAAAUUAAAAUUCGAGGAUACAAUUGAUAUGCCUUAUGAGAACACUCGCGCCACGAGUGAAAAAAUUCGAAAAGCCGGUUACGUACUAACCGAAAUAUGGGAGUGUAAAUAUGAUAAAUUAAAAAAAAAAUUCCCCGGUAUGAACGAAUAUUUUGAAAAUCAUCCCUUACUCCACCAGGAUGCGUUAAAUCCUCGUGAAGCGUUUUUCGGAGGACUUACAGGAAAUACAGUGUGUUAUUAUAAAAAUAAAAAUAAUGAAAAAAUUCGAUACAUCUAUGUUUGCUCUUUAUAUCCAUUUAUUUCGAAAAUGGGGAAAUUUCCUGUAGGUCAUCCGAAAAUUUAUGUUGGCGAUGAGGAGUGUAGAGGACUAGCUGGUCCAAAUUACAUGAAUUUGCAUCAUAUUGACGGAUUAAUUAAAUGUCGUGUGCUUCCUCCAAGACAUUUAUUUCAUCCCGUGCUACCUGUGCGAAUGCAUGAGAAACUCAUGUUCCCACUUUGUCAUGCGUGUUGUGCGUCUAUGAGCCAAACUGAAUGCUCUCAUGACGAUACGAUGCGUGAGCUGGAGGGAACCUAGGUUUUGGAUGAGUUGAAUAAAGCCAUGGAGUUAAAUUAUAGAGUAACCCAUAUUUCAGAGAUAUGGAAAUAUCAGGUUAUGCAAUACGAUACGAAAACACGUACAGGUGGGCUAUUUGCGGGCUAUAUAAACACCUUUUUAUAAAAUAAACAGGAGGAUAGUGGCUGGCCGAGCGAGUGCGUUGACGAAGAGUCAAAACAACAUUAUCUUCGUGAGCAUGAUGAAAUUGAGGGGAUAGAGUUAGAUCCUGAACAGAUUUAAAAAAACCCUGGUUUAUGUUCCGUUGCAAAACUUUGUCUCAACUCUUUUUAAAUAGCAAACGGAGGUUGUUGAGGAGCGUAAACGGUUGAUGGAGUUGCUUACUAGUCCAGAGUUGGAAUUCCAUGACAUUGUCCCUGUAAAUGAUGAUGUUUUAUAUGCCUCUUGGUCGUAUAGAGAGGAAGCUAGUGUAGCGUCACCCUACACAAACGUAGUAAUAGCCGCUUACACCACUGCUCAAGCUAAGCUAAAGCUUUUUGAGUAUCUCUAUCAACUAGAUCGACGUGUGUUGUACUACGAUACAGACUCACGCAUUUACAUAUGUCAGGAAAAUGUAUCAGAGUACAAUUCCCCGAUGGGUCGAUUACUGGGGCAGAAGACGGAUGAGUUAGAAGUUUACGGUCAGGGGAGCUAUAUUGAUACUUUUUUAUCUGGUGGCCCUAAAUUUUACGCGGACAACGUAACAUCUCCAGAUGAAGAAUCUUACCAAGUUUGUAAAAUUAAGGGAAUAAUUCUAAAUUACAAAAACUCACAACUUUUCAAGUUUGAAAGCGUUCCGAGAUAUGGUAGUUAGCAAUGUUUCUCCAAUUUCAUUCUCAUUCAGAGCAAUUCGCCGAACGAAAUUUCACGAUGUGGUAACUAGGACGGAGAAAAAAACAUGUAAACCGGUGAAUAGUAAAAGAAGAUUCCUCGAUAAUUACGAAUCUUUACCAUAUAGUUAUAUCGAAGAGGGUCAAAAUAAAUAAAAUUCAGAGUAGUUUGACUUGAUUAGUUUGUUUUUCUGUAGAAAAUUACCUUUAAAACUAUGUAAAAAAUCUCUCUCUCCUUCUCUCUCUCUCCACCUGCAUGUGUAAUGAGGAGAUGGGUUCAUGACUUCAGCUGGAAGAACAUGUAUGUAUAUUUGAAUAAUCAGUUGUUAAAACAUAAAACUGUAUAAUUAACACUUUUUCAUAUUUCAUAUAACUGGGAUGUGUAUGGGCAACCUAUUUGCGGCAAUACCAAUUGCACAGGCUUUGACAGGCCGUGGUCACUAAUAUAGGCAACCGUAAAGACACAUACUUUGAUCCUGUUUUGCGGGCUCGUUAGAUGGCUCUGUAGUACUUUCCCCCGCUACAC